AGAAAAAAAGGCACAACAAUUAAAGCAAGAAAGAAAGAUGGGGAGAGCACCAUGUUGUGACAAAACAAAUGUGAGAAAGGGAGCUUGGUCUUUUGAAGAAGAUGCUAAGCUCAAAGAUUACAUCGAAAAGUAUGGCACUGGUGGUAACUGGAUCGCACUUCCCCAAAAGAUCGGGCUCAACAGGUGUGGUAAAAGUUGCAGAUUGAGGUGGUUGAAUUACCUACGACCCGACAUCAAGCAUGGGGGAUUCUCUGAAGAAGAAGACCUCAUCAUCUGCAGCCUCUAUGUUAGUAUAGGCAGCAGGUGGUCUACAAUAGCAGCUCAACUGCCUGGUAGAACAGAUAACGAUAUCAAGAACCAUUGGAACACGAAACUCAAGAAGAAGUUACUCGAAAGGCGCAAAGAAUCACAAACCACUAGGUUUUCCGGUUCAAGCCAGGAUUGCAAAGAGAGCACUGCAGUAGAAACCCUUAGAAACACAUCCAUUGAAAGGUUACAGCUUCACAUGCAACUCCAAAGCCUUGAAAACCCUAAUUUCCCACACUAUGAUAAUGCGCCCAUGUGGCCUUGCAUGCUGCAUCCUCUUCAAGAAAACAUGAUGCAAAGUCUCCAACUUGUAAAAGAAUCCAAUAACCCUCUUCAACAAGAGUAUUCUCCAGUGAGUAGUUUGAUGAUCAACAUCACUAAGUCGUCAUCUAUCGUCUCGGAAUCAGAUGGCACAAAACAACCCCCAAGCACGGAACUACAACAGUUUUGGGCGUUUCAAGCCGAAAUCAAUAAGCUUGUGAACACUAAAGGAGCUAUACCACUAGGGGGGCUGCAGAUGGGUACCGAGUGUUUCAAGGACAUUGAUGGUGGAAAAGAUGACAUGACUUGGUGGUCUAACGAAUUUGAAGCGAAUUCAUCGCAUUCAAUUGGUGUUCUUGAUCACGAAUAGACAAACAUGAAGAAUAAAGACUUGGUGAGAGGACAUAAAGUACAAUGAGACGAUAACAGAGGGCACGCGGAUUAUGAUUCAUCAAGUUGUUCUAUUAAUAUUCAGUUGUCAUGAAAUUAGGUAUAAUAUAAGGGUAGAAUGUAAGAGAAUGAGAAGAAACCAAUAAGUACUUACGUGUACAUUUGUGUGAUAAUGUCAUAUCAAUUUCUUCUUAUGUUUAAGGCAUAUUUCCUGUCUUGCAUAAAGUCAUGUACUAGAUAGAAUAUGACAUACUUGUCAUGUCGCAUGAUAAUUUGAUACAUCACU